CAUGAAGUUGACGCCCGAACUGAUCGAAAGCGGCUAUCAGUAUAUAAACCGCGCGACCAGAGAUCGCGAACUGGAUCUUCGGGCCUACAAAGUGACGGUCAUCGAGAACUUGGGCGCAACGCUGGACCAGUUUGACAGUAUUGACUUCUCCGACAACGAUAUCCGCAAAUUGGAUGGAUUUCCUCUAUUGAAUCGACUGAAGACGCUGUUGCUUAAUAACAACCGGAUCAGUCGUAUCGGCGAUUCAUUGCACGAAUCGUUGCCACACUUAGAGUCACUGAUACUGACCGGCAAUCACAUGCAAGAGUUAGGCGACAUCGAGCCAUUGGCCAAAUGCGAUAAACUGACCACAUUGUCACUACUGAACAAUCCGGUGACCACCAAAAAACAUUACCGAUUAUACGUAAUUCAUAAGCUGCCGACCGUACGACUGUUGGACUUUCGUAAAGUUAAACUUCGGGAACGCGAUGAGGCCAAACAAUUGUUUAAAGGAGACAAAGGCCGUAAAUUGGAGUCAGAGAUCGGUGUCAAAUCCAAGACGUUUGUACCGGGCGGUGGUGACGAGCAAAUCGCCACUAAAGAGUCAACUCGACCCGUACACACGGCAGCCGAUGUAGAGGCCAUUAAAGCUGCUAUCGCUAAGGCGCAGACACUUGAAGAGAUUGAACGGUUGAACCAAUUGUUGAAAUCGGGUUACAUUCCCGGCAAAAGUGAUGUCAAUAAUCAACGAAAUGAUAACAAAACAUCGCAACAACAGGUGGUCGAAGAGGAAGAUGACGACGAUAUGGAUACUAAUACCAAUUGAUUCAAUGAUUUAUCGAUAUUUUCAUUUAAAAUUUUCAUUUAUCAUUAAAACCGACAAUACAUUU